AUGACAAGAGCAAAGCUGUGUUCCUAUUCUUUUCACCUUAUUGACUUCUGCUGUUUUGGUUCCCUGCAGUGUUUCUAGCACCUGUUGACCAUCUGUGAGGUACGGACUAAUGGCCAAGUUGAACUACCAGCUUCUCUUAUCAGUCUACAUCCUCACCUUCCUGAUCGGCCUUCCCGCCAACAUCCUAGCGUUCUUUACCUUCCUUCGAAAGGUUCAUCGCAAGCCAACCCCCAUCGACAUUCUCCUGCUAAACCUGACAAUAUCUGACCUCAUCUUCCUCGCGGUCCUGCCGUUCAAGAUGAAGGAGGCCACUGACAACUUGAACUGGAGCCUGCCAUAUUAUCUGUGCCCCAUUAGCAGUUUUCUCUUCUUCUCCACCAUCUACACCAGCACGUUAUUUCUGACCGCGAUUAGCAUAGAGCGCUACUUAGGUGUUGCGUUUCCAAUCCGAUACGCUCUAGGCCGCCGUCCACGCAACGCUGUGAUAGCAAGCGGCUUCCUCUGGCUUCUGGGAUCUCUGAACCUCAGCAUCGUCUACAUUGUACCAUACAUACCCUCAAGUGAUAAUUCGAGCCACAGCAAGCUGCAACCCAAUCCCCACGUGACAAUCUGCUACGAUAACUUCACCGUCGAACAGCUGAACAUUCUACUUCCUGCUCGUCUGGAGCUUUUUGUCGUGCUUUUCUGUAUACCCCUCCUCAUCUGCUGCUUCUGCUAUAUAAACUUCAUACGAAUCCUCUCCAAUCUGCCUCAUCUUGGACGACGCCGUAGACUGAGGGCCAUUGGGUUGGCGGUGGGGACGCUGUUGGUUUUCACCGUCUGUUUUAGCCCAUAUAACGUCUCGCACGUGGUUGGUUUCAUUCACGGUAAUAGCGAAUGGUGGCGUCAUUUUGCGUUGAUCUCCAGCACUCUGAACGCCUGCUUGGACCCCAUCAUCUUUUACUUUUCCUCGGCUGCUGUUCGCAGUGCCAUACGCUCAUGUGUUAAUGGUCUAAAGAAGAAAAUUCACAUCGUAGAAUGCAGACGCUGCUGUUCUGCUGUCCCUUCCAAAACUGAAGCCUACAAGGAGACAAACCCACCUUUUGACCUGGGGUGAGAAUCGAGCUACAGAGAGUAUUUUAGUUUGUUUAGGCCUGAAGAAAAAAGUAUUGUUUGCAUGUCCAGUGAAGUUUAAAUUAAAUAAAUUUG